AUGGAGAUCAUCUCGCCUGAAGGCUUGAGAAUUGAUGGUAGGCGUCCAGAAGAAAUUCGUCGAUUUAAUUGUCGGUUAGGUGUAUUAUCGAGAGCUGAUGGUUCAGCUUACUUAGAACAAGGCAACACAAAAGCCCUGGCUUCCAUCAACGGCCCACACCAAGCAGGUGAUAAAGCCAAAAUCAAGCAUGAUCGUGUCCAUAUCAAUUUUCAAUACAGUAUGGCUACGUUCAGUACUAAUGAAAGACGGAAUCGUCCUAAAGGCGAUAAGCGUUCAAUAGAUAUUUCUCAGCUUAUGCGUGAAAUUUUUCAGUCAGCGAUACUCACAGAUUUAUAUCCUAAAUCGCAGAUUGAUAUUCAUGUACAAAUAUUGCAAGCUGAUGGAGGGAACUAUAGUGCUUGCAUAAAUGCGGCAACAUUAGCAUUAAUGGACGCUGGCGUCCCAAUGAAAGACUUUAUUUGCUCCUGUACAGCUAGCCUUGUAGAUAGUAAAACUAUUAUAGAUGUAAAUAAUUCUGAAGAAUUGCAUUUUAGUAAUCCUUUAUUGACACUAGCUAUCUUACCCACAUCUGAAGAAAUCAUUCUUUGUCAGAUGAAAUCUAGGCUGCAUGCUGAUCAUUUAGAAGAUAUUUUGAAGGCUGGCAUAAAAGGCUGUAAAGAUAUUUACGAGAUAAUGCAUCGGGAAGUGCUAAAUCAUGUUCGGGAAGCUGCUGCGGUUAUGAAUGCAACGUGA